AUGAUCAAGAAGCUGCUAACGCAACCUACAGACCUGAUCGGCAACGUCUACGUGCGUUUCAAGUACGAAGAAGACGCGCAAAAAGCCUGCGACGCGCUCAACUCGCGCUGGUACGCCGGCCGCCCCAUCUACUGCGAACUCUCGCCCGUCACCGAUUUCCGCGAGGCCUGCUGUCGUCUCAACAGCGGCGAGGGCUGUGUCCGCGGCGGCUUCUGCAACUUCAUCCAUCGCAAGGAACCGAGUGCCGAGUUGGACCGCGAGUUGGACAUGUGCACGCGCAAGUGGUUGAAGGAGAGAGGCCGGGAUGCCCGGAGUAUGAGCAGGAGUCCUACGCCGCCUGCGACGAAGAGCCGGUUUUAG